AUGGUAAAAUCAAAAAAAGAAGCAUUGCCUGCUAAAAAGCAAGAGAAUGCAAAGGAAGCUAAUAAAUUUAAAGAUAAAGAGGUUAAGACAAAUGAUAAAUCUGGAAAGAGAUCACAAUCUACUGCUAAUAAAGAGGAAACUAAGAAGGACUUGAAAUCUAAAUAGCCAGUUAAUGAAAAGCAAGAUAAAGCGAAUGGGAAAGAUAAUAAAAAGAAGUAGGAUCUGUCAGAGCCAAAGAUGAGCAGGAGUAGGUCUCUUAAUGCUAAAAAAGAUCAGGAGAUUAAAGAGGUAAUUGAAGAGUAGCCAAAGCUAAAUAAGAGAUAAAGUACAGUUAGCAAAGGUAGCAAUAAAUAAUAAAAAAAUCAAAAGGUUGAUGAUGUUAAGGAAGAAGUAAAAUCAGCUAGAUCAAGAAGCAAGUCUCCCCCAGUCACUUAGAAGUAGCAAAAGUAAAAUUAAGCAAAACCAAAGCCCAACCAAUAAAAACAGGCGAUUGGGUAAAAAAAUACAGUUAGUGUGGAUAAGGCUGAUGUAAAUAUGGAGGAAGCAAGCAUUAAAUAAACAAUUAUAAGUAAAUCUGAGGAAGAGCCUAUGCAAAUAGAUACAACAAUUCAAAGUAGCCCUGUUAAGGAGAAGGUAGAAUCAUAAAUUAAAAAGACUUCUCCUUAAAAGGUUGAGUAAAAAGGGCAACAAGCUGUUUCUAUAAAUAGAACUCAGCAUACUAGAGUUAACAUGACCCCAAAUCCUUCUAAUUUCAUGGAGUUUAAUAAGUUUGUAUCUAAUUUAUUGAACCCAAUAUCUGUGGGCUAAACAACUACAGCUCAAUAGAAUACGUUUGCUCAGCCUUUUAACCAAAUUAAUUCUGGAAUUAGAGGACUAUCAGGUCUUGCUCAAGGCUAGAGAGACUUCAAUCAUAAGUUUACUCCCAGGAUUGAUAAAUCAAUGUUGCAUAGAUCAUUAGAGCGAGGGUAAUUCAAUGGUAUUUUAGGAAGUGAGUUAGGUAUUAAUAGUCAUGAUCUCGCACUCUAGACAGCAGAACAAUUAAAGCUUAAGAGAAGAACUAGUUUAGAUGAUACAUUUAAUAGCCAUCAAACAAUGUAGGUAAAAUAAGAGUCUAAUCUGCUAGAACAAGCAAAAUAAGGAGGACCCUAAAAGCACAUUAAUCGUCUAGAAGCAUUGGAAAGAUAUGGUAAAAGUAAAGGUGGGCCAGUCAAUGGAGCUUAAAAUCAGCAAGUAAAUGAAAAGAAAAAUCUAGCUUAAAUGGCAGCCCUGGGAAAUUUUGUUGGUACAAGGCCAGGCUAAAUAGGGUUCUAGGUUCCUCUAACUAAAUAGGAACUACUUAGAGACAAGGAAUAAAAGAAUAAAAAAGCUUUACAGGAGAAUUCUCUAGUUCAAUUCGCUGAAAACCAGCCUGAUCUUUAUGCUCCAAUCACCUUACCAUUCUUCAAUCAGUACAAAUAGGACGAGCAAUAGCUAAUUGACAACGAAAAAAAGAAACUCAACAGAGAAAGCAAUAAUGACGCAAUUAUGCUUGAAAAAGAGAAGAGUUCUGUCAUCAAACUGCAGAGAACAGAGAACUUUAAAGAGGAUGGGGAGUUAAGAGAUCUAUUAAUGAAUCAAUAUAAUGCUCAGAAUAGUUAAGUUGAGCCUUUUCUGAUUUAAUUGCCUUCGACUCUUCCAUUUAAUAUCUCAGAAAAUCCUAACUAGCAGUAAUUUAAUGACAGUACCAUUAAUAAGAGCGUCAACCAGAUUGAAAAGCUGAUAGAAAGAUUACAAUUGAAUGAUAAAAAUGAGGAGUAAACGCCUCCAAAGAUAGGUAAAAUUAGAGUCAUGAAAAGUGGCAAAGUAGUACUGAGAAUGCAAGAUCCAAUUAACAACGACUUGUACGUAGAUUUCGAGCUAACUAAAGGAAUCUAAACAAACUUCUACCAAGAAUUAAUAAGCGUAGACUUACAGGCACAAAGAGCACAUUUUAUGGCUCCCAUCAAUCAUAAAUUAAUAGCCACCCCUGAUUUGGACUCUAUCUUCUAGUGA